AUUUUGUUCAAGUUCACCACCAGCACCCUGAGGUCCUCCGACUCAGAAGCAAACUGGCUUGAGUGUCUAUGGUGUGUUGUGGUUUUCACUCUAAUGUCGUGCGAAGAAUAACAGAACAGAAGAGGAACAAGCAUGAAAACGUGAGAAAGAGAAAGAAAGCCGAUGCUUAUUCUCAUGCAAAUGGAAGCUAAUGGUUUUAGCAGAAUACCGAAUAAGAGUCAGCGACGGCAGGAAAUGGGAGGAGGAGCAUAAUUCUUCAAUUGAAAAUCAGACUCAUCUACCACAUCAUUCAAGAAACUGAGCCAAGGCCAUCAAUCUGCCUCUGCAAAAGAAAAGAUAGACAGAAAUUCGCCUCAUGGGGCUGAGAAUCUGACAUCAUGCGUUGCCAAAAACAACUGCAAAUAGUGUUGAGGACCCAAAAACGCCAACAUGAAGUAAAAAGUAAGAGUGACAGACUGUCCCACCUGUGUUUGACAGGACGCACUCUGAACCUGGAGGGGCAACAGGCAGCUUGGGUUUUUGAGAUCCCUCCCAGCCAUUCAAAAAAUGUGGCUGUUUGCCGUCUCCGUGCCGCUGCUUCCCGCUCUCCUCAUGGUGUCGCGCCGCUGCCGCGUCAAAGUUUCCUCGCUGUGUCGUCGCGCUCUGAACUGGGCGCUGGGGCUGGUGCAAGGGAGAGCGUGCGUGAGGAGCACCCACGCCUUUGUGUUCUCCAACUGCACCCACGGCAAAGUAGACAGUGUCCUGCAGACCUUUGACCUCUACGCGGAGACACGCCCCUCUUUAUCCAUCGGUCCAGAGACGGGUGAGGCGUUGGAUGACGUGGUGAGGCGUGUGCGUCCCUCCCGGGCGCUGGAGCUGGGGACCCACUGUGGCUACAGCUCGGUCCGCCUGCUGCGUCUGCUGCCCCCUGCUGGCAGACUGAUCACCGUGGAGCUGGACCCGCUUGCGGCCGAGCUGGGGGAGGAAAUCAUACUGGUGGCUGGAUUCAAACACUCUCAGUUCCAGGUGUUGACGUCUCCCUCCGCCGAGGCCAUCCCAGCGCUGCGUUCGCGUCCCGGGCCCGAUCAGAGGGGCGGCGGGGGCUUCGAGCUGGUGCUGAUGGACCACGACCCGCGGCAGUACCUCCCCGACCUGCUGGCUCUGGAGAGGGACGAGCUGCUGUGCCGCUCCGGCUGCUCCGUCCUCCUGGUGAACAGGCGGAGACGAGCCGAGGAUCUCGGAGAAGUCCUGGAUCACAUCAGGGCGAGAGCGGGCCGCUGCUGCAGCAUCAGGACAGAGCUCCCGUUCAUGGUGGAGAUCUUCUACCAAAAGGAAAAUACGGAGACAGAAGACAUGACGAAGUCAGCAGAUCAGCUGACAGAUUCUCGUGCUGAGUCGCGAUGGGCGGACUAAACCGCUUUGCGAGAUGAGAGGGCCCCUCAGAGAACCUCCACUGUUAUUUGAAAUGCACAGAUCAGUCUCUCAACCAAUGUCUCCAGCCAAUUUUUAUUUCAUGUUAUGACACUAAUUACGCAGAAAACCCUAAUUACAAACCCCCAAAAACUUUAAUUCCAGGCCCCCCCCCCCACCCCCACCGUUGGGCCCUGGGUAGUCUGUCCCCUUUCUACACCCGUGUGGGGACGUCGACAAAUGUAGAUGUUUGGCUGCAAUGCGUUAUGAAAUUAAUUUUUUUAAUACUGGUAGAGGUCCCCGAAUGCUCGGUGUGUGUGUGCGCGCACGUGGUUACACAAAAGCAGAGAAAGCUUUAAUGACUGCUCAUUAGCUUCUUCUCGGCUCCGAUGGUCUCCCAUCAGCAUUCCCACAAUGCAAAGUGUGUCGGGCCCAGAGAGGUGGUCAACUUCUCGGCCGUCAGAGGUGAUUUAACGUUUCCCCUUCCGCCGGCCCGUCAGAGCCGCCGCUAGUGUACACAACAACGAUGUACGAGCAAAUGUAAACACACCGCGCCCCCCCCCCCCCCCCCCCCCCUUUCCUUCAAAGUCAAAAUUUGACGGGAUCAGUUCCUGGGUUCCUCCCUCCGUCAGGCUGUGACCUGCCGAGGCCGGAGAGCGGAUGUAAACACAGCUUUCAAUUAUAAAUCAAACCCCCUACAGAAGACCCGCGCUCCGCUGCCCCGCGGGGGCUCUCGGCAACAAAGGCCCCUCAUACCCCAAAAUACCGCCCCCCCCCCCACACACACACACACACACACACUAUGCACUGCUCUGGGAACCUCUGGCCCACAGCCAUUCGCCCAGGACAAAUCCACAACGGAGACAGAAGCCUCUUCAGCGGCAGAAGUCGGAGAUAUGCAGAGAAUGUCAUGUUCAUCUUUUGUGCUGUGUUGAUCUCUGACCCUACACUGCUCUUAAAGUGAAGCGCCCGGCAGUGUGCGGCGUUUUCUUUUUCUGGAUGUUGAUGAUUUACAUAAUUUCAUCACGUUAGGAUGACUAAAAAUAAUCAACCCGUGGAUAUUCUGUCCCUUAUACAUCGAAUUACGAUUCCAUGCAGACCAGAGAAGAUGAAACAGAACCACUGCGGAUUCAAUGCCCCCUGACUGUACUGUCCUUUCUCUUGGGGUUUGAUUAAAGUGGAAGCAAGUCCUCGAAAAGAAGGGGGGAAAAAGA